AUGAUAUGGGUCAGCUUGUUUCGCUACGGCUUGUUCGAGGCCAAGGCCACCAUCACCUUGAAUAAGCGGGAGGCGGUGGCGGAGUGCGCCCUGCAGCUGCGCAGGAUAGGCGACAAGUGGGACCUGCGGCAGAAGAUCCUGAACCUCCUCACAAAGCUGUUCUGCCCGGAAACGUGAGCCCUGCGCGGACACGGCGCGCCGACAGCAGGGGAAGACCUUGGCUUUGUGGUUUUGAAACAAGAGACUUCACUGAUACUGGGAGAUGAAGAAAGCUCUUUGCGUUGUAUUUUGCUGCCUGUAGCCACUCACUGAAGGUUGGCUGUCGCAACAUGAUUUCUUUGAAGAAUGUUACAGCAAUAUUGGCGUAUGAAUGCCAGGUGGAAAAAAAAAAGAGUGAUGGGGAGACUUGGGGCAAGACGGAACUUGCCCCUCAGCUUGGUCUGAGAUGACUUCCAGGAGCCUGGUGUUUCCCGAGGCACACUCUGGUCCUCCUGUCCCACAGCUACAUUUAACCGAGGAGCUCAGACCACGUUUGGGAAGGAGCCAAAAAAAGAUGUGUCUUGGAACUUGGGAUCGUACAUCACAAGGCAAAAGCCAGUUGCUCGGUUUCUGAAUGCUCUCGUUUUCUAAAGCAUGGAUUCUGCUAGAUGGGGAUUUGGUGGUGGGAUUAUUUCAUUUGUUAAGUAAACCAGUAUCUUUAUUGAAAGUUUAUUUGUUACUGGAUGAUGCUUCGUGGACUAAAAAAUUACAAUUCU